CAUGUAUAUAUAAACACGUAAACACAACCAUAAAUGUAUUUAUAGAAUAACAUUUAUAUAUAUAUAUACGCACAUACAUACAUACAUAGACACAGUGUUGUGUAGAAACCCAGAGAUUGACGUUUAUCCGGGACACAACACAUUUCUGUAUUUAUUUAUAGUUUAUUGUAAAUGACAUAAUUGUUUGUGUUGUUGUUGUUGUUGUUGUUGUCUGUGGUGAUUCUUGUGGCGCGGGGGUUCGUUUCUUAUCUUUGGAAAUUCGUGUGUGUUCGAACCCCCGGAUAAAAAAAAAUUAGGGCACUAAUUCGGGCAAUUAAGUGUGUGAAGACUUGUUUUUUAACUUUUUUUUUUUUAAUUUCCAAUUUUGUUUAUCUAAUUUCUCAUUAAGUUCUUCCAGAAACAACAACAACAACAAUAAUAAGACAUCAGCGAUGGUGGGGAUGUUGUCCUCGUUCACUCGGUCGAUGAUGGGGCCGAAAAUAUCAGUCUUAUGCACCCAGCUAUCAUCGACAACGGGGCCGCUACCAGAGUGAUGCAGAGCUUACAGCAAGAAGAAGAAGAAGAAGAGGAGGAGGAGGAGGAGGAAGAAGAUAAUGACAAUGAGGAGGAGGAGGAUGAUGAUGAUGAUGAGGAUGAAGAAGAGGUGGUGAUCAAUAUGUCUAAAGAAUUAAUCAAUCUGUCAGAACACUUCAACACUGCUACAACCUCAGCAACAGCACCACCUCCACCACUACCACCACCACCACCACAGACACUGCCACCAACACCGUCGCUACCAUCGAUUUCAUUGGACACAACAGCAACCUUCAGUGACCCACCAAGCACUGCUGACCAACACUCUUCAUCCAACAACGAAGAUGAUAACGAGGACGAUAUGGACGCUCGGCAUUCUGUCCCCUUGCCUGGAUUAGGGCCUUCAUCCGCGAUGCAUUCUGAAUCGGGGAGCCCAGCUUGCACCACUUUGAGACCUGACUUUACAUUUUUCCUGGUGACCAGCAUCGUCCGUGGCAACUCGUUCACCUAUGGCAAGCAGUCGUUCAAGUGUGUCCACUGUCCGUUUCGGACACAUUGGAAGAGUUCCAUGAUAAACCACAUGCGAGACAAACAUCCAGAAAUACUGAGUCAAGCCCCCUCCACUUCCGUAUCUGAUCUCAGCGCUGUUCCCGUUGGUGACAACCAGAGGCUGAUGAGGAUGUCGGAUUAUAAUAAAUUAAUGGUCAACCGGUUCAAGACCAGGUCAAGCUCAACCAACAAGAGAGUACGUAGCAUUGAGAAACAAGACCUCCUUGGAUCAUACCCUUGCACCAAAUGUACAAAGGUGUUUAACAGGUUACGAUAUCUGCGUAAGCACACACAGAUCCACCGGACAGAUGCAAUGUUCUUCUGUGACGCAUGUGGGAAGGGCUUCAAAACUCGCACCUACUUGGCUGCACACGAACGCACACACAAAAAAGGGGCAUACCGCUGCAGGCAGUGUGGUUUCACAUCAAAGAUUAAUGCGGCGAUCCAUGCGCAUCGUCAGCUGCACAAUGAGGGCAGCGUCAUCUGCGACAUUUGCGGGUUUGCCUACACGGACAAGUCGACACUCAACAAGCACAAACGGGUCCACGACCCCAUCCGGCCGUUUGCAUGCACCUUCCCUGGUUGCACGUGGCGUUUCAAGACUGAUGUCAUGUGCCAGGCGCACUUCCGAGCGCACACCACGCAGGGGAAGUUCCGCUGUUCGGUAUGCGGAUACCUUUUCCGUCACAAGCAUCAUUUACAGCGGCACGAACUGAAAAUGCACGGCGUGCAACAGACCAAGUCGCGCCUGCCGAAACCUGCAGCAGCAGCGGCAACAACAGCAGCAGUAAUGACCGAAGGCUCGUUAGUAAUAGCAGCAGCACCGGUAGCAGCAGCGAAAGCAACAACAGCAUCAGCAACACCAGCAGUUGCCGCGGCAACGAACACGCUCAGUCUCAUCGUCGAUCCAGACGAUGUGGUGGUCGCCAACGGCAACCAUGUCCAGCUAGAAGCCGCACUACACAACAGCCAACAGCACCACCUGGUGAUAACGGCGGAAUGCCAGGGGGAGACAAUCGACUAUGAUAUGUCAGAUGUGACUAUGAUGAAUGUUUCUUACCGAAGUAUUUUGCCGGAUGCUGAGACCACCCCGACGUCGGCCGCAGCUGUAGGGGUCAGUCCCAGUGAACCCCACCCACAGACCAUUCUAAUACCCCAGGCACACUGCGGUCAAGUGAUCUUCCAAACUGCUGGCUUGGAGUCAGUUUGAUUGGAAACACACCACCAUCAGCAUCACCCCAUCACCACCUCCAUCAUCAUUACUCACCACCACCACAAAUACCACCACCACCACUAUCACCACCACCACCACCACCACAAAUACCACCACCACCAC